AUGAUCUUCCGGCGAAGGCCAAACCAGCUCUUCACCGCGGCACGCAUUCCCUCAUUCAUCAAAAUCCAGAGUCGGAAUCUCGUCAACGUGAAGUUCAAGUGGGUCAACGACCCCGUUCUGGACACCGCAGUCUCGAACGCCCUACACCUCAAGGCCGCCUCUACCCUCAUCUUGCUCAUCGCCUCCAACCCCGAUUUCGACCUUCCGAUUUACUGCCUCUCCAGGUGCCGCGGCCAGCUCGGCCUCCCGCCGGACCUCAAACUCUCCACCUUCAUCCGCCGCUACCCCAACAUUUUCCGCGAGUUCUACCGCCCCGAUUCCAGCGGCACCCCCGUUCCCUGGUACGAGCUCACCCCCGAGGCAUCUGAAAUUCACCACCACGAAACCCGUUUGGUCUACAAGAGCUGUUAUGCGGAUAUCUUAAGCAGGCUGCAAAAACUGCUCAUGCUCACAAAACAGAGACUGCUCCCUUUACAGACCAUCGACCAGCUGAGAUGGGAUCUAGGGCUUCCGUACGAUUACGAGACCACGUUUCUCACCGAAAGGCCCGAUUUAUUCUCCUCGGUGAAACUGCCGGACGAGCGUGUCGGCGUGAAACUCCUGACGUGGGACAAUCAUCUGGCCGUGUCCCAUUUGGAGUCGAAAGGCACUCUCAGAUAUGGCAAGGCACUUGGUUUUCCCAUUCAGUUCACGCGCGGUUUUGGGCUGAAGAGAAAAUGCAUGCAGUGGCUGGACGAGUGGCAGAAACUGCCCUACACGAGCCCCUACGCAGAUUGGUCCAAUCUCGACCCACAGACUGAUGAGUCCGAAAAACGGGUGGUGGGCGUUUUUCACGAGCUACUGCAGCUGACGGUGCUUGGGAGGACAGAGAGGCGGAAUGUGAGCAAUUUGCGGGGCCCACUGGGAAUGCCCCAGAAGUUCACCAAGGUGUUUGAGAGGCAUCCGUGGAUUUUUUACCUGUCUGAGAAAGGGUGGCGUGUAGACUGUGGUGCUGAGGGAGGCGAGCCGGGGUUGUAUAGGAGGGAAAGGGGGAUUUGUGAGGGUGGUGGAGAGUGGUCUGCUGGAUUUGUUGAGUCGGAAAAUGAGAUGGAGCGCGAUUUGCUUUCAGAGUAUGAGUCGGAUUGA